AUGGGUUUUGCAGUGUGGGAUGAUGCUAAUGAUGAGGCCCUGCGUCUGACCCAGACUGAUGCCCUGACCUACUGUAUGUUCCACCCUUUGACCAUCCUCUGCUCUGAGGCCAAGUGUCUGGGUUCGAAGACGGGCAACAUGAACAUCAUAUCAGAGCUGGUCACUGACCAGCAGACCCUGCAAGCAGUGGAGACCUUCCUGGACGAGGAGCGUGUGCUGGUGGAGCUGGCCUGCGGGGCUGUGUUAGCAGCUGUGUACUGUGGAGUCAUCCAGAGACUGCAGGGUGAGGGUCGGCUGCCCGUUCCCCUAGCAGGGCCCCUGGUGAUGAUCGUCUGUGGAGGCAGCAGCGUCAAUCAGGCACAGCUGGAACAUCUCAGGAAGGUCCUCAAUAGAUGAACACAGAAAAUGGAACCAUAGAAUUAGAUAAACUAUAGAAGAACACAGUUUGGAAAACCCUGCCGUAGUAGAUUGAACAAUAGUAUAGUUGGCUACAGCACACACAUUAUUUACAAGGCUAUUGGACUUCCACCAGUUUAUGGCUCCAGACUGUGUUAAUGAAAGAUUAUGAGGACGGAUUCUUAAUAGUUUUUGAUCACAGCUUUUUAACACGUUGUAUACAUUUUCACAAUGUUGACCAAUACUGCCCCAAAUUUCUCUGCUUUGUAAUCUGUGCCAAAUUUGGAAAAUCUCUGACAACCUUUAAUUCAUGGAAUGAAAUCUGAAAUAAAAUUCAGUAGUGCUUAUUAUUAGUGUACAUUUGAUGCACCAUUCAAAUGCAGUUACUAGUUAUGACCAACAGGUGGUACUCCUUGUCACUGAGAAGAUACAGUCAGAGACUCAAGAGAAAGCUAAACAUUUCAUAGGCUUCUUUUUAUCAGCUUGGUGCCGGUCAAAUGAACUAAAUAGACCAGACCCAGCUGCUAUUGCAUUGUUGCCUAUGGGAGAGCCACCCCUAAAGUAGACUGGAACUGUGCCAAUUUUUUUCAAUGGUACAAGGUAUUUUUGCCUCAUCUUUAUAAUCCGCCAUCUUUGAUGCACUAUCUCUGCAGACUAACCAAAAACCAGUGGAACUGGUAGGCUAUACUAAGACACCCUUAUAUUGCGUUCCUUCUGAUACCAAUCUGUUUAUAUCAGCUAUAAGCAUGAAUGAUCUAGUAUUACAUUGUUUAUGAUAUAUAGUACCAGUCAAAAGUUUGGACACACCUACUCA